AUGUCGCGAACUGUGAGAGUAGAUGUGGUAUUUAGUUCUCUGAAGAACUGCUUGGUCAAUUUACCACCUAGUUUGAUAGCACUUAUCUCCAACACGAAUACACCUGUACAAGAUGUCGUGGUUGAGAUGCAAUACCGAUCGCAGAUAUCAUCUUCAGGAUCAGUUUCUAGCACCCAAGUUCAAAGAACAGCGUUCGCAGGAUGGACAGGCAUGCCCAGCAGGACAAGGCCGAGCUCAAUCUUGAAUCAAGAGAGGACACGAAGUGGCAGAGAGACUGAAGUUCAGACUGUCGAGGUUGAUGCUACGUUUGCAAGGACACUGGGAUUGGUAGAAGGUCAACAGAUUGGAUUGAUGGUCCACCUGGACCCUCCUCUAGCACAUACCGUCAACAUCGAGCCUUCAACACCGGCUGACUGGGAAGUCAUCGAACUACACGCAACCUUUCUCGAGCUCAACUUUCUGUCUCAAAUUCGAGCACUACCCAAUCCAACUUAUACCGAGAAGGGGAAGAGUGAGCCAAAUCACGCCCAUCCACUGACGCUACAUCUCUCUCCGACUUCGACUGCCAAUAUAGUUGUCACAUCACUGGCGCCUACACUGUUUUCAACCUCCCCAUUCGCAAAAAUUGCUGGUGACGCCGAGGUAAUUGUGGCACCGAAAGCGCAACAGAAGGCUCAAAGGCAUAUGCGUACAGAUACAAGAAGCACCAUCAGUAAGCGCAGCGUCAAAAGUGAGACCAGUGUCAAGACGGGCACAUCGCGCAGACCAGCUCGUACUAAGGAAGCUGCUUUCGUGCGUGGACUGGAUUACACGAUAGCAACGGACUUUAUACAACCUGCUGAGGUCGUGGAGGGAUUGACUAUAUGGCUUAGCAAAGCCACUAUCUCUUCUGAUGCGCUGAAAAAUUGUGCAUUCGCAAGAGUUUCUGUCAUUAAGCCAGCUGCGUUGCGAGUCACACCAGAACAAGACGUUCUUAAUCGUCUGAAAGAAGAAGAAAGUAGUACUGUCGGUCGACCAGCAUCUCGCUUAGUCGCACGUGUAUUGCCAUGGGUGUCUCCGGUGACCGACCAACACGCAGUGCUAUCUCCCACUCUCAGCUUACUACUUGGUGUCGAUUCACUAAGUGGAUUGAUACUCAGAAUUGAUGCUGCUCCGGAUCCUCAACCGCGGUCUGCGAUUAGAAAGUUUCUGUUCUUUCCCUUCCUAGCUGACAAGACCAAGAAGCCCGAUGCCAUCAAAUUCGGAGGCGAGUCGCAAAGUGCUCGUCAAGCUGUCGUGGAUCGUUUACGUAUAACUCAUGGUGGCGACGAAGGUCUACUAGCGGGUCCAUUGACGGAUGGUAUGAUUCUACCGCCUUCCAACAAUGCACCAAAUGUCUCGAGUUUCGACGGCGGCAUCUUAAGAUUUUCGGCGUCAGGUCAAAAUGUGGACGAAGGACUCUGGGCUAUUGGCGCCGAACAAAAGCAGGAAUACGACGUAAAAGAUUCAAUACCCCGUCCUGUCGAGAACGCGAAGCUUUUCCCAACCUUUGCAAGAACUUUACCUAAGGACGCAAAAAAACUCAUUGGUAUUGACAAACCACUUAAACAGUGUAUGUCAAAUCUAACGCUCUGCUCCUCCGUUCUGCUCACUGGAGGCAUUGGCUGUGGUAAGACUUCGGUCGCGGCACAUAUCGGUCAUCAGUUGCAGGAGGGAUACCUUUUCAACGUAAAUUACCUCUCAUGUCAGAAGCUUGUGAACGAUGAAACUCGGAUAUCGAGCAUCAAGGACGAGUUGACCAGGCUAUUUGUGUCUGCAGCCUGGUGUGCGCGGCUUGGAGGACAGUCUCUAGUAAUACUUGACGAUGUCGACAAGAUCUGCCCAGUCGAGACUGAACUUCAGGUUGGAAACGACAAUGGUCGUAGUCGACAAGUCACCGAGAUACUCUGCGCCCUCGUCCGGCAAUACUGCAGCAUGGAGAGUGGUGUCGCAUUGCUUGCAACAGCACAAGGUAAAGAUACAUUGAACAACGUUAUCAUCGGUGGCCACGUCUUCUCUGAGAUCAUAUCUAUACCAGCACCGUCAAAGGAUAUCCGCAACAAAAUUCUAGAACAUCUAGUAGCAGAAAAUACUGUUGCUCGACAUCAGGCCAAUGGGCACUCCAGACAUAUAAGCGACUCAAGUAGCAUUGCAGACUCUUCUUGGAUGAACCCCUCGAACCCGACUUCACGACCAGGCUCCUCAUCUGAUUCAGCACAGCAAAUAGACGGGUUCCAUGCCUCGACAAAUCUGGACUUACUAGAUAUAGCCGGCAAAACAGAUGGGUACAUGCCAGCAGACCUUAAUCUUUUGGUUGCACGUGCUCGCAACGAAGCUUUGAUACGAAAUGUGUCCAAUCCAGAAGCUUCUCAACUUACCCUCAGCAAAGUCGACUUUGAUGCAGCUAUCAAGAACUUUACCCCCUCGUCUCUGCGGAACGUCACCCUGACACACAGCAGCACAACCUUUAGCUCAGUGGGAGGUCUUACCACAACCCGUAACAUAUUACUCGAAACACUUCUCUACCCAACCAAAUAUGCUCCUAUCUUUGCUCGAUCUCCUCUGCGCCUUCGAUCAGGGUUGCUGCUCUAUGGUUACCCCGGAUGUGGCAAAACACUGCUCGCAUCAGCUGUCGCUGGUGAAUGUAACCUCAACUUCAUCUCUGUGAAAGGUCCCGAAAUCCUCAACAAAUACAUCGGGGCCUCUGAGAAGUCCGUCCGGGAUCUCUUCGAGCGCGCACAAGCCGCAAAACCAUGUGUCCUCUUCUUCGACGAGUUCGACAGCAUCGCACCAAAACGUGGACACGACUCUACAGGUGUAACAGACCGAGUUGUGAAUCAAAUGCUGACACAGAUGGACGGUGCUGAAGGCUUGGAAGGCGUCUACGUCCUAGCAGCCACCAGCAGACCAGACCUCAUCGACCCAGCACUUCUUCGACCUGGACGCUUAGACAAGAGUCUGCUCUGCGACAUGCCCAACCACUCCGACAGAGUCGACAUCCUCCGCGCAGUGAGCACAAAACUCCACCUAACCCCCGAUGUCGCAUCACGCCUCUCAGACAUCGCAGGCGGCACAGAGGGCUUCAGCGGCGCAGAUCUACAGGCACUAAUGUAUAAUGCUCACCUUGAAGCCAUUCACGACCUGCUCGGCGACCUGAAUAACAACAAGACCACAAAAGUCAAUGGCACAAAACCUGACUCCGACAGACGUGGCUCACGAACUAAGAAAAAUGAUAAACACGACUUCAUCCAAUUCCUCUACGGUAAAGAAGAAGAUACCACAGCCCGUCAAUCCGUGACAUCUACCGCUUUAGAUCCUCGCGCCGUGAUUGUCGCAAAACUCGACGAACUCAAAUUAGCGCGGAGGAGGGAGAAGACAGCACUCAAGGGACAGGCUUUCGGCACUACGAAAGAGCAGAGUGAUGAGAUUGAAAAGGAAAAGCAGGAGCAAGAGAAAGUGGUUAUUGAGUGGAAGCAUAUCGAGAAGAGUCUUGCAAGUACCAAGAGCAGUAUUAGUGCGCAGGAACGAAGGCGGUUAGCGAAUAUCUAUAGAGAAUUCGUGCAGGGUAGAAAUGGUGAGAUGCCGAGUGGAGAGGCGAAUCAGGAGAUUGGUGGGCGGACGAGUUUGAUGUGA